AUGCCUUACUUGAUGAUCUUGAUGAUUUUUGGAUUUGCUUCGAGGGUGAUUAACCUCUACGAUACACUUUCAGUUGGUAUUGUUGGACGAGCCAGAACAUUUCUUGCACGACCCAUACGAAAGUUGGUACAUAUUGUGUAUGACUGGACCGAUGUGAAUGACUGGAGAAAUGUGUCUAACUGGAGCGGCGCAUCGGGCUCACCACGGAGUCUGAAAUUAGUGCUUUGCUAUCUUCCUCUCUUAUCUGUCUACUUCACGUGUUUGGUGCUCGUGGAUAUAUGGGAUUCUGCUAUUGCAGAGGUCGGCUGGUUAAUUGUUGCCUUUGCAUAUGGUAUUGUCCGACUGAUAAGGACAAUAUAUCGACCGGAACAGAUAGGCCUCGAGGCUUCGUUGACUGGUAUCAAUGAUUGGUCGUUUGGCCAAGUUUCUUCUGUGGUGUUACUGGCCGCACCGCUCAUCACAGUCAUCGAAUAUAUCCAGGAAGAAGAUGAGCCUCGCGGACAAGAUGAGACCCCCGCAAAAGAUGAGACUGGCACACAGGAUGACGAACAAUCUCUCUCUAACGACCAAACCGAACCCCCGUCCGAACUCCCUUCUACUCACGCAGAGGAUGAGACUCACGUUCAAGAUGAAUCACAAACUCCCACUGACGGUCAAACCGUACCCCCGCUCGAACCCCGUUCUAUAUCAGACCUAACCACUGUGGACCUCAACGACCCCGACAAUGAUUGGGUCUCCCACCUCAAAAUAUCUGAUCUGAUCGCUGUACAUAUAACCAGGUUGGCUGGUGCGGUUAUCCUCUGGGCGGCAGAGGGUGAUCCUUUCACCAAUACGAACGAGAUAUUCUUAGACUUCCUCCUCUCGGGUCUUUGGAUGUUUGUACUCAUUUUUUGCUCCUUGAUGAUUGAGACUGCAUUUGCGGACAAAAGAUCUGGUCUUACCCUCCUUCUAGAACAAGGUGUGAAGAUAUACAGCAUCGCGUUUACCAGUUUAUCUCUCCCCAUUUGGGCGAAGUUUGCUUAUUGCCUCCUGCCACUCCCCAUCGUCGGUGUUUUGGCGUAUCGAUUUUGGUGCUGA